AUAGAGAAGUGGGGGUUUGUGAGGAAGAGGAAGAAGGGAGAGGAGGCUCUUAUGCUAGAAAGAAGCCUUCCAUGCAACCCUUUUCCCAACCAUCUUAGUUCUUUCUCUCUCUCUUUCUUUCUCUCUCUCCCCCUCAACUCUUUGAUCUUUGAUCUUUGAUCUUUCAAACAGCAACAGCAAACAGUAGUGGAAAUGACUAAAGAUGAGGACUUUAAGCUCCUUAAGAUCCAGACCCAUUUACUCAGAGUGAACAUACACUGUGAUGGGUGUAAGCAAAAAGUGAAGAAGCUACUCCAGAAGAUUGAAGGGGUCUUCUCAGUGCGCAUAGAUGUUGAGCAGCAGAAGGUCUCAGUGACUGGGACUGUGGGCUCAGAAGCUCUGAUCAAGAAGCUGCUGAGAGCAGGCAAGCAUGCAGAGCUCUGGUCUAACAACAGCAAGAACAGCUCCCAGAACCAGCAGAAGCCCAACUCCCAGAAGCAGCAGCAGCAGAAGCAAAAUGGUCCUCCCAACCUCAAGGAUUGUAACAAGAACAACAACAGCAGCAGCAACAACAACAAGGAUCAGGCAAAGCAAGGGCUCAUGCAGGGGCUCAAGGCCUUCAAGAACCAGCACAAGAAGCAGCUCCCCUCACUGAGCUCUGAUGAUGAGGAUUUUUAUGAUGAUGAUGAUGAUGAUUAUCUGGAUGAUAUUGAUGAUGAUGAGCUUAGGUUUCUUGGGGACAAGAUGAACCAGUUUAAUUUCCUGAGGCAGGGGAAUCAACAGCAAGCAGGAAAUGGGCAGAAGAAGGGGAAUGGGAAUGGAAGUGGUGGGAAUAAUAAUGGAGGUGGGAAAAAGGGGGUUGGUGGUGGUGGUGGGAACCCAAAUCAGAACCAAAAUCAAGGGAAAAAUGUGAAUGGUGGGGCUGAGCAGAAAGGGGUUAACAUUGCUGCAGGAAAUGGCAAGAUGGGUGCUAAUGCCCACUUUGGGGGUGGGGGGAUUAAUCUGAAUGCUGGGGAUGGUAAGAGGAUGAUGACUGGGAUGAAUGGGAUGGGUGGCAUGAAUGGCAUGAUGGGUCUUCAUCAUGGGCUUGGGGGAAAUGGCUUCUAUGGCCAUGGGGCCCAGCAACAGCAGCAGCAGCAGCACCACCAGUUCCAGCAGCAGCAGCAGCACCAGCUCCAGCUCCAGCAGCAGCAUCAGCAGCAUCAGCAGCAGCAGCAGCAGCAGAACCCCAUGAUGAUGAACAUGAACAUGAACAUGGCCCACCAUGCACCAGCAGCAGCAGCAGCAGCUGCACCACCCCCAUCAGCAUCCAUGAUGAACAAUCUCAGGGGCAUGAAUGGCAACAUGAUGAUGAUGCAUGACAACAGAUACAUGCAGCAGCCCCAGAUGAUGUAUCACAGGUCCCCUCAGAUCCCACCUUACACUGGCUACUACCAGUGCUACCCAAGCCCCUACUACUACUACCAAAACAACAACCACCACUCAGAGACUGGUGAUUAUGGUGCCCACAUUUUCAGUGAUGAGAACACAAGCAGUUGUGUGGUGAUGUAAAAGCAUAGUGAUAGAGAGUGAGAGUGAGAGUAAGAGAAAGAAAGAAAAGAGAGAGAGAGAGAAACAAGAGGAAAGAAGACAUGGUUGGUGGUGUUAGUAGUUCUUACCUUAAUUACUCUUCUUCUUUUUUCUUUUUUACUUUUUGGUUUUUCUUUUAACUGUUUCUUAUGGUUUCUUAUGGAUGUAUGUUGAACUAAAUGGGGGUGGGGGAAGGGAGAUGUUUGAAAGUGAUGGCACUAUGGAUAUUUUACCAUGAAACAGUUGCUAGAUAUAUUAUUGUAAGAUUUCUGUCUUGUGCUUUCCACUGUCUGUGUGAACACUGACUGACAGCCUUUUGUUUUUA